AUGUUGCUGCAGGUUGGAAGGCCUGUAAUCUAUGGCCUUGCAGCAAACGGAGAACGCGGCGUGAGACGGGUUAUCGAAAUGGUGAAAGAUGAGUUUGAGCUCACUAUGGCCCUCUGUGGCUGCCCUGGUGUUAUGUAUCCCAAACCAAACUAUAAGCACAUAGCAAGAACAUCCUCUCAGACAAAGCUAUAUGGCCACAACUGA